UACCCCGCGAGCAACAUGCUAUAUUAUAUUAUAUUAGUAUCUGUAGGAAGUGGUCUCAGUAUCACAUCAAAGGCUGAAGCAUUAGCAUUAGCAUUAGCGGAGAGUUGAGGAGAAUUUGGGAUAAUGCUGCUGACUUUGAGUUUGUGGACGAUACUGUUCCUAACCGUCAAUUUACUGUUCGGAAACACCAUCGUCCACAGCUUCGACGGCGGCACUCACCCCAAAAAACAACUCACCCUCUGCCACGAAUUCAUUCUCCCCGCCGGUUACCCCUGCUCCGAAUACACGACUCAGACGAAGGAUGGUUUCUUGUUAGGUCUUCAGCGUGUCUCUUCUUCUCCUUCUUCUUCUUCUCUUCGCCGUGGCUAUGCCGGAGAACGAGGCCCUCCGGUUCUGCUUCUGCAUGGGCUAUUCAUGGCAGGUGAUGCGUGGUUUCUAAAUAUGCCAGAGCAAUCACUUGGCUUCAUCCUUGCAGAUCAUGGUUUUGAUGUCUGGGUAGGAAAUGUGCGCGGAACGCGGUGGAGCCACGGGCAUAAAUCUUUAUCAGAGAAGGAUAAGGAUUUUUGGGACUGGAGUUGGCAGGAAUUAGCCCUCUAUGAUGUUCCUGAAAUGGUCAAUUAUAUUCAUUCAGUAACAAACUCUAAGCUUUUUAUAGUUGGGCAUUCACAGGGGACAAUUAUCUCUUUAGCUGCUUUCACUCAACGGGAGAUAGUAGAAAAGGUUGAAGCUGCAGCUCUUUUAUCUCCAAUAUCAUACUUGGAUCACAUCAGUGCACCUCUUGUACUUAGAAUGGUUAAGAUGCACCUUGAUCAGAUGAUUCUUACCAUGGGCGUUCAUCAACUGAACUUCAAAAGCGAAUGGGGAGCAAGUCUCUUGGUUUCCUUAUGUGAUACCCGUCUAAGUUGUAGUGACAUGCUGUCAUCCAUUACAGGGAAGAAUUGUUGCUUCAAUGACUCACGCGUUGCUUUUUAUCUUGAACAAGAACCUCAUCCAUCAUCCUCCAAAAACUUGUGCCACCUUUUUCAAAUGAUCCGCAAAGGUACCUUCUGCAAGUACGAUUAUGGAAAGCUGAAAAAUCUGAUUGAGUAUGGCAGUAUCAAACCACCAAAAUUCGACCUUAGCCGCAUACCCAAAUCAUUGCCUCUCUGGAUGGCUUAUGGUGGAAAUGAUGCUUUAGCAGAUAUAUCUGAUUUCCAGCACACGCUUAAGGAUUUGCAGUCCACCCCGGAGGUGGUUUAUCUUGAAAACUAUGGUCAUGUUGACUUCAUUUUAAGCUUGCAAGCAAAACAAGAUCUUUAUGACCCUAUCAUUAGUUUUUUCAAGUCAUUUGGCAAAUCUAGCAGCAUUUAAAGGUUGCUUCCUUGCUUUAUGAUGGAUGUAUAUACACGUUUACAAGUUGUGUCACAAUAACUAAAAAAUGUAAUUAAUAUUCUCAUUUUCAUCUACAUAAUAAUAAAUCUGUCCAAGCUA